AUGAUCUCGGGAUUUAUCCCAGAAACAGUCCAUCCAGUACAGUUACUACGCUAUCUCCCAGUCCAUCGCGUUUUAAUUUGCUUGCACUGCCACUAUGCCAUUCAGCCAGGGGCUAUCGUCCGCCAUCUUAAAGAGAUCCACCAUUUAAAGCGCUUGCGACGUCGAGCAUUUGUUGAAUAUGCCUCUCAGUUUGAGUUAGCAGACAUUGAUUCUAUAAUAUUACCAGAUGAGACACAGUUUCCGGUAGACUCGCUACCGAUCCACGACGGGCUGGCCUGUCGCUUUGAGGGGUGCAUUCACCUAUGUGUCACUAUCCAGCGAAUGAAGGCGCACUGGUCAUCUCCCUGGAAACGAUGGAAACUGGUGCUCAGUGCCACUUCAGACAUUUUUUCGGGGAAUGCCUUGCGAUAUUUUACAAACCCGGCUCUCUUGGCGUCGUCGACUGAUAGCUCAGAAGAACCGAUGAGCGCAAGCGAGAAAUCUCCAAUUACUACUAUUACCACCCCGGGUUCAGAUGAGGCGCAAGGGUCAUCAAGUCUAGAUGCCUAUGAAAACAACAUAUCAUUGAGCGUUGAAAAUAUGCACCUCCUCGAUCAUUAUUUGAACCACACAUAUAAAACAAUAUCAUGUGGCCCAGAAACGGACAGUGUCUUCCGGAUUAUCGUCCCCCAACUAGCCGCCAAAUUCCCAUUCCUGCUUCACGGGAUGCUAGCCUGUUCGGCACUUCACCUGGCUUCCAGUAAGCCCCCAAACCAAAGGUCAUAUACCCUACAGGCAAUCCAACACCAAGAUCAGGCACUUCCAGCAUUCCACCUGGCAACUAUGCAUGUCGACAGCAAUAAUUGCCAAGCAAUACUGGCCUACGCAUUCUUCCUAGUCGUUUAUGGCCUAAGUUCUGAAAGUGAAGAUGAGACACUGUUUCUCGGUAAUAACCAACGAACAAGUUCAUCUUCGAACUGGAUCAGUCUUUUGCGCAAUGGUUGCUCUAUGCUGUGUAAUAACUGGUCUGAGCUAAAACAUGGGCCAUUGGCUCCUUUCGCAGCACUAUGGCGGGAUGAUAUCGGCGUCACUGCUGAUCCCAAUGAUCCCUUACUUGUAUCUUUGCUGUCUGUCAUUUCAGAGUCAAGUCAAGCUGUCGCUAGUGUCCAGAUACCUUUAAAUAAUGAUGUGCAUAUAUACCGCGACGCAGCUGUCAAGUUGGCCGGGGCAUUCGAGUUCACUCGACGAUUAGGCGCGUCUUUGGGUGUUUGGGAUACUCUGAACUCGUGGCUGACGCAGGUUUCGUCCGAGUACUUUAGUUUGUUAGAUCAGAAUCAUCCCGGGGCAUUACUACUACUAGCUCAUUAUGCUAUAUUGCUGAAGCCACUCCAAGCAGAAUGGUUUCUCGAUGGUCGGGUUACGAAACUGAUGAAUGAAAUUGGUCGAAGGCUGGAGGGGAAUUGUUCACUACACAUCUGGAAGUUAUUUGUGAUUGCUCGCCGGGAGUUUUACUACUUUAAGUCCCCACAGACCAGUCCUCUGCCAUUUACGAGAAGGCGAUGCGAAAGUACCACGAAAUCACUGGUCGCCGUCAACUUCCUCACAAAUAUUCGAACUAUCAGUAAUCUCACGAAAGAAAUCGACGAGAAGAACAUCGCCUUCCGCGAGUUCCGCGAAAAACGAUGCACUAUCUUCGAUCCUCUCGAAGCGGCCCUGAUUCCCGAUUGUAUUUCCCCCUAUUAG